UUCGUAGGACGUUCGAAAGAUCGAUAGAACACUCUUGCGCUAUUUAGAAUAAAAGAUGGUCAGCGCCCUCUUACAAAAUGGCGCCUAUUGAGGGGGAAAUAUUACAGCCCUGAGUGUUGUUACAAGCUUAACCUGCAGACCGAUAUAUUUACAUUGAUUUUUACCUAACCCGUCGUCAGUCGGUACGGACAUGACCUCGUGCGAAUUGAGCCAGAUAUUCCUCGGCGAGGUUUCGUCCGUUCAAAAUUACGGAGCUUUCAUCAGAAUACCGGGUUGCUCGCAACAGGGCUUGAUACACCGCUCGCAGGUGAGCUCCGCUCAUGUCGACAAUGUUGCAGAGGUUUUGCAAAAGGGUGAGCGGGUCUGGUGCAAAGUGAUCUCUGUGGCGGAGGAUGGCAAGAUAGGGCUGUCCAUGAAGCAUGUGAAUCAAGGAAACGGCAAGGAUUUGGAUCCCAAUGGCGUAGAGUUACAGAAGGACAUGCAACGGAGAAAGAAUCCAGGGAUUGUCCAGCGUAAGGUCAUACAGUUGGAAGCAAUAUUGGAUACCACCUGUACCAAGUGUGGGACCAAGGGACAUUUGUCCAGGGACUGUUUCGUAUCGCCCGAUGGCAAGAAGUACGAACUGAUUCCUGAGAUCGAGGAGCCGGCCGACGAAUGUAAGGAGAAGAAAUCGGAGAAGAGGCGCAAAUUCAAGAAAAAGAAAUCGAAGAAGAGCAAGCGACGGUCCACGGACGACAGCGAUACGGAGGAGAGAGGUAAGAGGAAGAAGAGCAAGUCUUCGAAAGAACGCAAGAAGCACAGGAAGAAGUACAACGGCAGCUCGAGCGAUUCGAGUACGUCGUCUAGCCAUGAUGUAAAGGCUCACAAGCGAAAACAUCCGGAUGAUCAUAACACUCGUACAAAAAAAUGCAAGCAUUCUAAGUUCAAGCAUUCGGAUUGACCGAUUCUCUUGGUUAUCCCCAAUAAACGAAUGAAACUUA